AUGCCAUACUUCCAACCCAACCUCACCCUCCCCUCCUCACUCUCUUUCCACAACAAAACAAUCUUAAUAACAGGCGCCUCCGCCGGCCUUGGCCUCGCAGCAACCAAAGCCCUCCUCCACCACGGCGCCAAAGAAGUAAUCGCCGCCGUCCGCAACAUCUCAAAAGCAAAAGAAGCAACCUCGAAAUUCCUCUCCGACCCCGAACUGAAAAAGACAAAUCCACAAGCCAAAAUCACAAUUCUGCAUCUCGAUCUCGAGGACUACGCAAGUGUUCUCAGUCUUGCUCAGGAAGUCAAGAAGCGCUAUGAUGGCAAGUUGGAUAUGCUACUCCUGAAUGCCGGGACGGGGAGCUUGAAGUGGGAACGUGCGGCGAAAUCGGGGCACGAGAAGACGAUCCAGGUUAAUCUCCUAUCACCUGCUUUGCUUGCUGUGGAGCUGUUGCCCGCCUUGGAUAAGACGGCAACCAUAACGGGUGUCCCAUCGCGCAUUACGUGGGUUGGAAGUUUUGUGCAGUUCGAUCAUACUCUUGAGAAGAAGCCCAUAGAAGAUGUUGGGAAUGUGCUGGGGCAUUUUGAUGAUGAGAGUAAGUUCGUGUCUAUGGGGCGGUACUCUGAUUCGAAGCUUCUGGGGACAAUCUUUGUUGAGCAGUUAGCGGGGUAUGUUGAUCCGGGGAAAGUGGUUGUUAACGAUGUAUCGCCUGGGAUGGUGAGGACUGGGUUUGGAGAGUAUCCCCUGUGGUUGAGAGGGAUGUUUACUGUAUUCUUUGGGCUGAAGGCUAGGAGCGUUGAGGAGGGUGCGAAGACUUAUCUCUAUGCUUUGGCUGUUGCGGGGAAGGAGUCGCAUGGGAAGUACUUGAGUGAUAAUCUGAUAACUGAGCGUGCUCAGAUCAUAAGUACAUCUGUGGGGAAAGAACUCCGAAAAGGGCUAUGGAAUGAUAUGUGGAAGGAUUUCUUGAGGCAGGAUGGAAAGCUGGAGCCUCUAAAGCCUCGAGUUUGGUAA